UACUACAAACGGUGGUGGAGGAAAAAGAAGCACGUAAGAACUUCUUUUACACACUCACAAAACGACACACUCUAAUCACAUUCCUUUAAUUGCGUUACCUUUCCUCUUUUCUAUGGGCUCUAAACUCAGCUAAAGGAGAAACUAGAGUGAGUGUAAAUGAGGUAAAGCACAAAACAAAACAACAAAAAAACCAGAACCUUCUCUUUCCCUCUUCUGUUUUUUGCUACUCUUUCUGCUAUAUAUCUAUAAAAUAUCUAACUUCCAACAAGUGUUAAAUAUAACUUAAUGCCUUGUGAAUUCACAUAAGCAACCAGAAUUAGACACCCAUUUGCAAAAAGAAUCCAUCUUGAGGAAAAGAAUGGGAGCUAGCAAAAUCAGAUCCUCCAUUUUCCUGCUUUUUCUCACUGUUUCAAGUGUGUUCCCUCACCCAACAACCUAUGCACAAAAACAGCAACCUAUUAAGAACAUUGUUGUUUUGGUUAUGGAAAACCGUUCCUUUGAUCACAUGCUUGGUUGGAUGAAGAAAGCUAUCAACCCUUUAAUAGAUGGUGUCAAUGGAGAUGAAUGCAACCCUGUUUCUACAGAAAGUCCAAGAAAAGACACAAUUUGUUUCAGUGAUGAUGCAGAGUUUGUGGAUCCGGAUCCUGGUCAUUCAUUUGAGGAUGUUUUGCAACAAGUAUUUGGUAAUGGUUCAAUUCCUUCAAUGAAUGGAUUUGUGGAACAAGCAUUGUCUGUGUCUCAGAAUCUUUCUGAGACUGUAAUGAAAGGGUUUAAACCACAAUCUGUUCCUGUUUAUGCUGCUUUGGUUAAGGAAUUUGCAGUUUUUGAUAGGUGGUUUUCUUCAAUUCCUGGUCCAACACAACCCAAUAGGCUUUUUGUGUAUUCUGCAACUUCUCAAGGUUCAACAAGUCAUGUCAAGAGACAAUUAGCUAUAGGGUAUCCUCAAAAAACAAUCUUUGAUUCUAUGCAUCAUAAUGGCUUGGACUUUGGAAUUUAUUAUCAAAACAUACCAACAACACUUUUCUAUAGAAAUCUAAGGAAAUUGAAGUACAUAUCUAAAUUUCAUCAGUAUGAUUUGAGGUUCAAGAAAGAUGCAAGAAAUGGGAAGCUUCCACCUUUGACAGUGAUUGAGCCUAGGUACUUUGACUUGACGGGUUUGCCGGCAAAUGAUGAUCACCCAUCUCAUGAUGUUGCAAAUGGACAAAUGUUGGUUAAGGAGAUUUAUGAGACUCUAAGAGCAAGUCCACAGUGGAAUGAAACUCUUUUGGUCAUUACAUAUGAUGAGCAUGGUGGAUUUUUUGAUCAUGUGAAGACUCCUUUUGUUAACAUUCCUAGUCCAGAUGGGAACACAGGACCUGCUCCUUAUUUCUUUAAGUUUGAUAGGUUAGGUGUUCGGGUGCCUACUAUUAUGGUCUCUCCUUGGAUCAAGAAAGGGAUUGUGGUAAGAAGCCCCAAAGGACCAGCUGCGAAUUCCGAGUUUGAGCACUCUUCAAUUCCUGCCACCAUAAAGAAGAUGUUCAACCUUUCCUCUAACUUUUUGACUCACAGAGAUGCAUGGGCUGGGACAUUUGAGGAUAUUGUUGGGGAAUUAAGUUCACCAAGAACGGAUUGUCCAGUGACUUUGCCGGAUGUGACGCCUCUAAGGACUACUGAAGCAAAAGAAAAUGGUGGCCUCUCCGAGUUUCAGAGUGAGGUAGUUCAGUUGGCAGCUGUUCUCAACGGAGAUCACUUCUUGAGCAGUUUCCCAGAUGAAAUGAGCAAGAAGAUGAGUGUGAAGGAAGCUCAUGAUUACGUGAAGGGAGCUGUUUCAAGAUUCAUAAGAGCUAGCAAAGAAGCUAUCAAGUUAGGGGCGGAUGAGUCUGCUAUUGUAGACAUGAGAUCCUCUCUCACUACUAGAACUUCUAUUCACAAUUAAAUAUAAACUACAAAAAAAAAAGUGAGUUGUGGGGGAAACUUGUAUCUAGUUAUUAUAAGUUACGAGUCUUUUCAUUAGUAUUAGGUUAGAUUUUGUUAGGACUGUGAAAAGUUGAAAUGCAAAAGGAGGCGAAGUCUCUGUAUGUGUGUGUGUUUGUCAUUGUGUUCUGCUAGUAUGCUGUCAGUUAGUAAUGCAAUGCAAGCAUAAAAAGUCUCUCAAAUUCUCUCUGUUUGAGAAAACUUGAGAAGAUGGAAUAAAAUCAACUUAGAGAGUGAAGGUUUGGUUGGUGAGUUAUUUCGAAGGGGAAAACUUCAAUCGUUUCGUACAAAGUUUUGUUUUGAAUUGCUUGUAUUAUCAUGUGAAUUUCUUGAAUUCCAUGAGCUAGCUGCAUGACAUUAUAUUGAAACAAUAUUUUUUGGUAAA